GAGGCAUGAUUGCAACACUCCCAUUCAUCUCUUCAUCCUCGCAGUUGUCCGAGACAAUGAGGCACCGCCGAGGUCCAUCGCAGCUGCCCGAGCCCACUUAAUCGCGGCUACACCGGGUGUCGGGGUCAUCUGACGAGCGAAUCGUGCGCUUGGCGCGACAUCUUAAGCAGCAAGCACGAGACCUGCAUCACCCAGCUCCGCCAUGACAACGGCCACGAACCACCUCCUCUCCGUUCCCAACAAUACACACCGAAACUGGUGGAAAGACAAGUCACUGCGCCAGAACUUGCUCCACUGCGCCGGCUGCUGUCUUUGUGUCUUUUACCUUGGCUUCGACCAGGCGCUCCUUGCUUCUCUCCAAGCUCUUCCGAUUUUCAAUGUCUAUUUCAACACGCCGACGGGAACGACGCUCGGCCUCAUCGCGUCCUCGCUCUACUUCCCCGGCCUUUUUGCCUCAUUUUUCGGCAGCUGGGUGUCAAUGAAAUAUGGCCGCAAGCCUACUGUCUGGAUUGGCUCUGGUCUCAUUAUUGUUGGCACGUUCGUCAAUGCAUUGGCGACAAACACGGGAAUUUUCUGCGGUGGCCGCGUUUUGAUUGGCGCCGGUGGGGCCAUUACGAAAGUGGCAGCGCCUGCAUUGCUCAACGAGAUUGCUCACCCGCGCAUUCGCUCCGUCAUCGCAGCCAGCUACUAUGGGUGGUUCUUCCUCGGCUCGGCGCUCUCGUCGUGGCUGUGCCUUGCCGGCCUCUACAUCCCGAACGACUGGAGCUGGCGCAUGCCGUGCAUGUUCCAGCUCUUCGCGCCCACCCUUGUCAUCAUUAUAACUGCCACGGGUCCUGAGUCGCCCCGCUUCCUCAUCAACAAGGGACGCAAUGAAGAGGCACUCAACAUGCUGGCCAAGUACCAUGCCAAUGGCAAGGUCGAUGACGAGCUCGUCCAGCUUGAAUACGGAGAGAUCUGCGCGGCCCUCGAGUCUGAGGGCGAGGAGCACAAGUCGUCGUGGCUGGACCUUAUCCGCACCAAAGGCAACCGCAGGCGCAUUGCCAUGUCUAUUCUUAUGGCUUGUGGCACUAACUGGACGGGAUCCGGCUUGCUCGGAUACUACCUCACGCCGAUCCUCGCGAGUGUCGGCAUCACGGACCCCAAGCAGACGACUUCGCUCAACGGCGGCCUUGCCCUUUUCAACCUUCUUGCGUGCCAGCUGGCGGCAACGCAAGCCGACCGCAUCUCGCGCCGCGUUUCAUUCUUUACCUCUGGGGUCGGCAUGAUCUCGUCCAUCGCCAUCGUCACAGGCUUGUCCGCCACUUUCGCCUCGGGCAAGAAAGAAUUCGGCAUCCCCACGGUUCCGAUAAUUUUUGCGUACUUUGCCUUCUACGACAUAGCGUGGAUGGCGCUCCCCUUCCACUACUGCACGGAAAUCAUGCCUUUCCAUCUCCGCACCAAGGGCCUUGCGGUCUUCACUGCCGUGCAGACAUUCGCCAACGGCUUCAAUCAGUUUGUCAACCCUAUCGCGUUCAAGGCCAUCGCAUGGCGCUUCUACAUCGUCUACAUCGCAAUCAACGCAGGAUACAUGGUCUAUUUCUACUUCUAUCUCAUCGACUCGCGUGGCAUGUCCCUCGAGUCGACGACGCUGCUGUUCGACUUCCCGCGCCGUGAGGCUCGCCAGCGCGCCGAUGAGGGCAUGCAGGCCCGUGUGGCUGCUCGUGCCGAGGCGAGGGCUGCCGCUCUCGAAAAGGAGAAGGGUGAAAUCGACAUGGUCGAGGAUGUCGCCGCCCUGGACAAGACGGCCCCAAAGAGUAUGGUGUAGAAAUUCAUGCGAAAUACGGGAGGGAAAGGGUGCGAGUGGCAUUGUACAGUGUUUAAAUAUAAGGGGACGGAGUAUGCAGGCGAUCUGAAG